AUGCAGUCCACCCCUGUUCCUCGCGACAUCCUCAUAGUCGGCGCCGGCAUCGCGGGUCUGGCCAGCGCCAUCUCUCUCGCCAAGGAACUGGCUUCCUCCAUCCCCGACCUGAAGAUCUCCGUUUUCGAAGGCGCACCAGGACUAUCUGCCUCAGGGGGCGCCAUAAGUCUAACCCCAACGGCGCAAAAUUACCUCGACAAGUUGGGCGUUUUGUCCGAACUUAAUCGCAUGGGCAGUGAAGCCGGCAUCGAAGUCGAUCGCAUUGAACUCUUCUCCCUCCGCUCAGGUCGCAGACUUGGACCUCUCAAAUUCACCGACGAGAAUGGCUUCGGUUACGGUGGCUACAAGGGCCGUCGGGUCAUGCGAAAUGCCCUCUCGCGCGCCAUGUUAUCUGUCAUUCAAACCCACCUUCCCACGGUUUCCGUCUACUUCAACAAGAAAGUCGUAGGCGGCACCACAACCGACUCAUCCGUCACCUUAUCCUUCGAAGAUGGCUCUUUCGCUACAGGCGAGCUUGUUUUGGGCUGCGACGGCGUCCACUCUAUCACGCGCACGCGCAUUGUCGAUCCCGGCAACCGCUCCGAAUACACCGGCAUCUCCUUCAUCCAGAGCGUCACCGACGCCCACGACCUUUCCGUCCCCAUGCACUUCAACCAGACUGCCAUCCACCUCACUCGCCACAGUUCCCUCCUCACUAGCUACUGCGACCCUGAUCGCCAGAAGAUCUUCUCCGCCGCUAUCCUCCGCGUGAACGAACACCUCAUUGAGCGCUACCAAGCCACUUCGAAAAGCGAUUGUCCGGAACAAGCCAGCAUGAAGAUGUCCAUCCGCUAUCUGGUGCGCACGCAGUUCGCCAAAUCUGCCCUUCCUAGCAUCCGCGCGCUCCUCGACCACACCGAAGAUUGGGCCCUGUAUCCGGUAUAUCAGGUCCGGCAGCGAGGGAAAUGGCACAAGGGACGGAUUCUGCUCCUGGGUGAUGCAGCGCAUGCGAUGCCUCCCCGCGACGAAUCCGCCGCCUACUCCAUCGAAGAUGCCCUCAUCUUCACACAAAUCUUCUCCCGCAACCUGCACGCCCCACUCGCCACUACCUUCCAAGAAUACGAGUCCCUGCGCCGCGAGCUCGUCAACAAAGUCUUUGACGCCUCCCGCCGUCUCUGGCAAAGUGAUCUCGAUAAGGGCUUAUUUCCGGGCCACGUGCGCGAACUGAUGUCGCCGGUUCACAUGUCGCCCGGGGGUUGUACAACGAUAGCAUCAGCUAGACCGGCCGUUCCAGCAGCCACGCAUCAGAGUUUCUCGGAUCUGUCGGUGUACUCGUUGACCCGGGAGUUCCAAGGAGAGAUCGAAUCCUAA